GUGCGGAGCCGUGCUGCAGCGAGGCGGAGGGGCCGUCGGCAGCGGCCGGGAGUGGCGAGACGGAGCGGGAGCCGGCUCGGGAGCCGGCUCGUCGGUGGGCGGUGGAGCGGUGCCGGCGGUGGGGCGGCGGCGAUGUGGGCUGCGUGGAGACGGUGGGGCCGGCGUGAGCGAUCCCUGCUGUGGUGCGUGCUGGUGGCGGCGUGGGAGGCGGCGUGGGGGCAGCUGCGCUACUCGCUUCCCGAGGAGAUGCCGAAGGGCUCGUUCGUGGGCGACGUGGCCAAGGACCUGGGGCUCGACCUGCCGGCGCUCCGACAUCGCGGCGUGCAUGUUGUCUCAGAAGGUCGGACGCAGUAUUUCGCUCUGCACGGGAAGACGGGGCAUUUAGUGACGGCGGAGAGGAUAGACAGAGAGCAGCUGUGCCGGCUGGUGGAGAAAUGCGUGCUGCGAUGUGAGGUGAUAGUGGAAGGGGAAAUGCAAGUUCACGGAAUCGAAGUGGAAAUCACGGACAUUAACGACAACGCCCCCAGCUUCCGAGAGUCUGAAAAAGAACUGAGACUUAGCGAGACGACAGCCCCGGGUUGGCGGUUUCCCCUGGCCGACGCACAGGACCCGGACGCGGGAUCGAAUUCCGUGCGGAGGUACGAGCUGAGCGGCGACGAGCACUUCUCGCUGGCCGUGCAGGCGGGCCCCGGCGGGGAGCAGCGUCCCGAGCUGGUGCUGGCGAAGGCGCUGGACCGGGAGGAGGCGGCGUUUCACGAGCUGGUGCUGAGGGCGAGCGACGGCGGCGAGCCGUCGCGGACGGGCACGGCGCGGAUCCGCGUGGCCGUGCUGGACGCGAACGACAACGCGCCCGUGUUCAGCCAGGCGGAGUACGCGGUGCGUGUGCCGGAGGACGUGCCCGUGGGCUCCGUCCUCGUCACCCUCACGGCCACCGACGCCGACGAGGGGAUGAACGGGCACGUGAAAUACACUUUUCGUAAAAUUUCAGAUCAGGCGUCCGAACUUUUUUGCUUGGACUCUCACACAGGACAAAUAUCACUUAAGGAUGAUAUAGAUUUCGAGGAAGGUGACUCAUACGAACUGGAGGUGCAGGCACAUGACGGAGGAGAGCGCUUUGAUACGGCGAAAGUCAUGAUCACGGUGAUAGACAUCAACGACAACGCGCCCGAGAUUUCGGUGCGGUCAAUGCUGAGCGCGAUCUCGGAGGACGCCCCGUCGGGGACGGUGGUGGCCCUGCUGCACGUGCAGGACCGGGACUCGGGGGCGAACGGCGAGGUGCGGUGCAGCAUCGCGGAGCGGCUGCCGUUCCGUCUGGAGAAGACCUUUGAGGACUACUACCGCGUGGUGACGGCCGAGGAGUUGGACCGUGAGAAGGUGUCGGAGUACAACGUGACGGUGCGGGCGGCGGACGGCGGGUCGCCGUCGCUGUGGAGCAGCGCGGUGCUGGCGCUGCGGGUGCUGGACGUGAACGACAACGCGCCGGUGUUCGCGGAGGCGCGCUACAGCGCCCGGCUGCCCGAGAACAACGCGGCGGGCGCGCUGGUGCUGACGGUGCGGGCGGCGGACGCGGACUGGGGUCAGAACGCGCGCGUGCGGUACCGGCUGUCGGAGGGGCGCGUGCGGGGCGCGCCGCUCUCGUCCUACGUGUCGGUGCAGGCGGAGACGGGCGCGCUGUACGCGCUGCGCUCCUUCGACUACGAGGAGGUGCGCGAGGUGGGGCUGUGGGUGCGGGCGGAGGACGGCGGGGCGCCGGCGCUGAGCAGCAACGUGUCGGUGCGGCUCGUGAUCGUGGACGAGAACGACAACGCGCCGCAGGUGCUGUACCCGCCGCCGGCGCCGGCGCCGGGCGCGGGCUGGGCGGGCGUGGAGCUGGCGCCGCGCUCGGCCGAGCCCGGGGCGCUGGUGGCCAAGGUGGUGGCGGUGGACGCGGACGCGGGGCAGAACGCGUGGCUGUCGUACGAGCUGGCCAAGGCGACGGAGCCGGGGCUGUUCCGCGUGGGGCUGCACAGCGGCGAGGUGCGCACGGCGCGCUUCCCGCUGGCCCGCGACGCGGCGCGGCAGAGCCUGGUGGUGGUGGUGAAGGACCACGGGCGGCCGGCGCUGUCGGCCACGGCCACGCUGACGGUGGUGCUGGCCGAGAGCGUGGCCGAGCUGCUGUCGGAGCUGGGCAGCGCGGCGGCGGCGCCGGGCGAGCCGGCCGGCAGCCUGACGCGGUGGCUGGUGGUGGCCGUGGCCGCCGUGUCCUGCCUCUUCCUCGCCUUCCUGCUGCUGCUGCUGGCGCUGCGCCUGCGGCGCUGGCGCCGCUCGCAGCUGCUGGCGGCGGGCAGCGGCGCCUUGCGCGGCGUCCCGGCCUCGCACUUCGUGGGCAUCGACGGCGUCCGCGCCUUCCUGCACUCCUACUCGCACGAGGUGUCGCUCACCGCCGACUCGCGCAAGAGCCAGCUCCGCUUGUCGGGCGGCAGCUGCUGCGACACCCUCCCGGCCCGGCCGCCGCCCGCCGAGCCCGCGCCGCUGCUCGGGGAGGACCCUGCCGGCGCCCGCCGCGCCGACCCCGCCGCUGCCCCGGUGAGUUCCUCUGACCGCGCUUGCUCCGCGACGCUUGCCUCCGCUGCUCCUCCGCCCUUUCCCCCGCUCCGUCUCCUGCGAAGCUUCGCUCAGCAGCGCGCUCUGUGCUGCCGCCUCUUGCUCGCGGGCGGUGAACGUGGGAGUGGGGGAGGCAGCCGGAGCGUGGGGCUGCCCUGGGCUGGGGUUUCGUUCCAGCGGGGCUCUGGGGGUUUGUCACGCGCCAGCCGGUGGCUCAUUUUGUCCCCUGACGGCGGUAAUUCCGCUUUUCCUGCCGGUAUGAGCUCUUCGGAGCGGAUGUGGCGCCUGAUUAGCACGCGGGAGGCAGCAGCAGCGUGGGAUAUGUUCCCGACGGCGCAGGUGCUGGAGUGGGGGGCGAGUGUCUUGAAACGGAGCGUGAAAGGCCCCGUGCCUAACUGAGCUGCUCGUCGUUUCUAGUCUUCUCAGCUCUUCUAUUUCUCCACGAUAACGUGGUGAUAACGAGUUCGGGAGGGGUCGAUUGCAGGUGCGGGGCGAGAUUUAAGGAGGGGGAGACUGCCCCUGCGCAAAUGUUCACUGACCCAGCCUUUUCUGGAGGACGGCUUCUCUUUUCUUUCUUCUUAGAGCCUCGAUGUUAUUUUCGCAGAAGACUGGUGAGCAGACAUGCGUAUCUUCCUUUAGCAGGGAGAUGUGAAGGGUUCUGUAUGAAGCCCGUGGUGUGAUGGUGGUGUGGGUUGAAGACAACCGUUUGAUGACACGUGCUUGUAAAUUUUGAGGGUCGAAGAACAUGAUGGAAGUUGUGAAAAGUUGGAGAGGAGAAUCUGGGGCUCUG